CAAGAAAUUACUCCCUCACAUCUGGCGGGAGAGUCCGCCUGUUGGAAGUGAAACACAUCGCUCAACUCAAAAUGCUGGCCGCAAGAGAUCAAGAAAACCUUGUCCAUGCUCAUCAGACUGCUGCUGCUGCCAAACCCCUGAACCAGAGUACCAGACAGCUACAACCAAAGACACCCGGUAACAGAGCACCGAAAACACCCUUCGGGCUAUCCUUGAAUGACGAGAAUAAUCCUCUGGUCUUUGGUGGGGGAAGGAAGACAGGAAAACCGAAUAAUGGACAGAACGAGAAUAUCCUGAAGUCAGGGCAGGAUGCAAUUGCUGGUGGGAAUGCGUUCGUUACGCCUAUGGCCCCACGAAGUCGUGCUCCCUUAGGAGUGAAAACGACAAAUGCGAAGGCGCAAGCUUUCCAAACCCCAGCACCCCCUUUGGGUACAUCUAAACCAGUCAAGACCACAAAGCGACCUUCAGCGACUCGAAAAUUGAAGCAGAGCACCCCUGAAGUGCUGCCAGGUCCGCCCAAAGUCGUUGCUACAGAGGACGAAAAGGACGAUGUUCCAGAUAUUGAAUAUAUGCCUCCCAAACCAACAC